CUGUACGACUCUGUUCCGUUUGUUUCCUAUCUGCCACUGCCCUUCAACAAGGCCUUUAAGAACAUGGAGAUGUUUCUAAACUUUUCAAAUGGUUUGGUAAAUGAGCACAAGAGUACCAGGACCCCUGGAGAACCUCGAGACUUUGUGGACUGCUACCUGGAUGAACUGGAUAAACAGAAAGAAGAUUCUUCAUUUUCUGAGGAACAGCUCAGAAGGAUCACGUUUGAUCUUUAUCUUGCUGGAACUGACACCACCUCCAACACCCUCCUGACUGGGUUUCUGUACCUCAUGAACCAUCCUCAGGUCCAAGAUCGAUGUCAGCAGGAGAUCGAUCAGGUUCUGGAUGGGAGGGAUCGGGUCAGUUUUGAGGACAGACACAACAUGCCUUACGUGCAGGCUGUGAUCCAUGAAGUCCAGAGGGUUGCCAACACUGUUCCUCUCAGUGUCUUCCACUGCUCCACUAAAGACACAGAGCUGAUGGGAUAUGACAUUCCCA